GCUAAAAUAUAAAUUUCCGUUUUGAAUACAAAACCUGCUCUCUACCAAAACUUUUAAUGGAGACUGUGGGCCUCUGAAUUUUCGCCUGGGUUGGCAGGUCUGUAGCCGCUGCAAUUUCCAUGGAAUCAAAUGAAAUAUUUAAAAAGAUAACAGCUCCGCCAACUGAUCAUGGAAGUAGCGCUACUGCCAGCCGAAACCAACUCUAUUAGCAUAGGUCAGCUCACGCUUUGCCAAAAGAUAACAUAGGCGCCAGUUGAGAGUCUUCGAAGCCCGUACACGUGCGCCCAACGGAUAAGCUGCUUUGUUUACGUAAAUAGUCGCAGUUACAAAAUGAUGGAAAACACCACGCAGACCUCAGCCCAAAAGGCCAAUCCCGUCAAGUCCUUUAUUGCUGGAGGCUUUGGCGGGAUGUGUAACGUGGUUGUGGGCCAUCCGCUGGACACGAUUAAAGUUCGCCUUCAAACCAUGCCAAUGCCUUUACCAGGACAACCUCCCAGAUACAAAGGAGUCGCCGAUUGUGCCGUCCAGACAUUUCGAAAGGAAGGAAUCCGAGGGUUCUACAGAGGAAUUUCCGCUCCCCUAAUGGGGGUUACACCCAUCUACGCUGUUGACUUUGCGGUUUAUGCAGCGGGAAAGCGAAUGUUUCAAACGGACGACAAUGUAGCCCUCACCUAUCCCCAGAUCUUCGUAGCGGGAGCUCUGGCGGGGGUUUGUUCCGCUCUGGUCACCGUGCCCUCCGAUCGAAUCAAGGUGCUCCUGCAAACGCAAACAGUUUCUGGUGGACCCAUGCUCUAUCAUGGCACAUUAGACACCGCAGUAAAGCUCUACAGGCAGGGAGGCAUCAGGAGCUUGUUUAAGGGAACUUGUGCUUGUAUUCUUAGAGAUUCCCCAACUGGUUUUUACUUUGUGACCUACGAGUUCCUACAGGACUUGGCCAGAAAGAAGUCUCAAACGGGAAAGAUCAGCACUGCAUCCACUAUUCUAUCUGGCGGUACAGCUGGUAUGGUGUUUUGGACUUUGGCCGUUCCGUUCGACGUACUUAAAAGUCGCCUCCAGUCAGCACCCGAAGGCACUUAUAAGCACGGCAUUCGCAGUGUGUUCCGGAAGCUCAUGGCUAGCGAAGGCCCCAGAGCUCUGUUUCGAGGCAUUUUGCCAAUAUUAUUACGUGCCUUUCCAUCAACCGCUGCUGUAUUCUUUGGUGUGGAGCUGGCCAAUGAUUUUUUGAAAGCAUAGAUUUGUAAAUUUUAUAUUUUAGAGAGGCUGUUUUAUAGAAUAAUAAUGUUGUUA